AUAAGCAGUGAAUGCGGCCCGCACGAAUAUAAGAAUGGGAGAGAAGCAGAAGGAAAAUGAAAAGCACGAGUUUGCACGCGUUCGGGGUGCUGUGCGCGUUGUAAACAUCCCAGUGGCGCGUAUGUGCGUGUGGGUCCGGUGCUGGGAUAAAUACUCUCAUUGUGCGUUGAGGUGCAUCGCGUACUGGGAGAAAAUGCUUAGCACAUUUCGUGCGGCGUUGCUUAGUCCCAAAAAUGUAGAACCUGCUCGUGAAUACAAAUUGGAGCAUGUGAUAUGUAUGUACAUCACUCACGCGACCUAUAGUAUGCGAGGUGGAGUCGUUAUGAUGGAUGUUUGACCUUUUUCGUCAGCAGAUAUGUAUGUACCAUGGAUGAAUGUACGCCGGCAUGAGCACAAGGGAUAUUCACCGAAGCGCUGAAUUUGCAAAACAUUGGCGGAGUCGUGGGCAUUUCAUUUCAUUCCAAAAAUGAAAUUCUAUUUUGAAUUCAAAAUAAGUUAUGUGAUUGAGGUAUUUGUGUGCAACAUGAAUGUAUAUAUGUAUAAUAGUAUCGAAGUGCGUUUAUUAUUUUUGGGAGGUAAUUCUC